CUGAGUUUCCAAACCACAACACACAUUGAAAUGAGGCGAGCAACAUCCUCAACCGAUAUUCUGGCGUUUCUUUUCCAGCAUGCCGACACAGAUCAAGAAAUGAACGGUCCGGGACUUGAAUACGCACAUUUGUUUUGAUACCCGAUAGUAUUGUGGUGACCUGCAAUUCCACUGCUCUCGCGGACGUCUGUGAAGGAAAGAGCAUUCUGCACAUGUCAAAGAAGGUUGUUUUAUCCGCACGGGAUCAGUGGAGAAGUUGGGAAUCGGCGGAGCUUGUUAACUUGUUGCGCGGUGAUGCAAGUGUCCGAUUGCGCAAGAGAAUGACUCAUGAGCCCGUUAUUCUACAUGCCAUUUCUCUUCAAGUUUCUGCGCUUCAAGGUGCUUGACUUGAAGUUGAUUCACAAUGACAAGAACUCAUCUAACGGAACAAGAUUCACUCGCAACAUGAGGAACAGUCCGCGCAAUUAAGUUCAACUGGACCACCGGAGCUACCCAGGGACGCAUAAGUUAGAUGACCGUACAUGCAUCCACAUAGUCUACUUUUUUUUUAUCAGGUUAAAAUUAUCCUGACUUCCUACCUAACCAACCCUCGAGAUGUCAGAGUCUUGUGAGGAUGGGCUGUGCGGGGACGGAGCUCCGGAUUUCAUCCCUCCGAGAGCGGCUCGCUCAGGCAGGCGGAGCGGAGUCACCGUGCCGCUGGUAGAGCGCGAUGAUGCGGCUAUCCUGGAAUCGGUGAAAACAGCACCUAGGAGGAGCAGCAUCAUUAAGGACCCCUCAGUGGCCAAGAUCAGUGGUGGGCGAAAGAAAACAGUCUCCUUCAGCAGUAUGCCAUCAGAAAAGAAGGUGAGCAGUGCUGCAGAUUGCCUUGCCUUUAUGCAGGGUGGCUGCGAGCUGAAGAAAGUGCGACCCAACUCGCGCAUCUACUCACGAUUCUACACUCUGGACUCUGAACUGGUCUGUCUUCGUUGGGAGCCCUCCAAAAAGGAUGGUGACCGAGCCCGACUUGACAUCACUGCCAUUCGUGAGGUUCGCAUUGGAAAAAACACAGAGACCUUCCUCCAUAAUGGCCCAUCGGAUCACCUGGCUGACGAAGCAGCGUUUUCCAUCAUACACGGUGAUGAGUACCAGUCCCUGGACCUGGUCGCUCUAUCUGCUGAUGUGGCCAACAUCUGGGUGACAGGGUUGCGGUACCUGUUGUCCCACCCUGGUGCCAUAGGUGGAGGAAGUGGGGGGGAGGGAGGGGUGGGAGAAGGGAGUGUUGGAAGCAAGAUGAGGCAGAACUGGUUGGCGAAAGAGUUUGCUCUGGUUGAUGAUGAUGGACACGGAAUAGUUUCUGAAGACACAGCAGUGGCCACCAUCUGCAAACUCUGCCCUGGCAUUAAGGAAGCAAAGGUGCGUUUGCGCUUUAAAGAGAUUCAGAGGAGUAAAGAAAAGCUAACUUCUCAUGUUACGUUGGAGGAGUUCCAGGAGGCCUACUGCGAGUUGUGCACACGACCCGAUGUCUAUUUCCUGCUAGUGCAACUGUCUAAAGACCGAGAGUGCCUUGAUGCCCAGGACCUGCGUCUUUUCCUGGAGACAGAACAGGGACUGUCCUUGGCCACCACUGAAGGCUGCUUGGAUCUCAUUCAGUGUUUUGAGCCCGCUGCGGCUGGGCGUGAGCGAGGACUACUGGGCUUGGAUGGCUUCACCCGCUACCUACAGUCUGCUGAGUGCCAAUUGUUAGACCCAGAGCACCAGAAUGUGUGCCAGGACAUGAAAUUGCCCCUGUCUCAUUACUACAUUAGUGCCUCUUAUCGCUCCUACCUGCUGGAUGAUCAAGUGCAUGGCCGGGCUGAUCUGGGGGGGCUCUCUCGAGCCCUGCAGUCUGGCUGUCGGUGUCUAGAGCUUGGGGUUACUGAUGGGCCAGAAGGGGAGCCACUAUUGGGUGUAGGCCAUGGAACAGAUGUAAAGCAUCAUCACCACCAUCAUCAUCACCACCAUCAUCACCACCAUCAUGGUUCUGUUACCCUACGCAGUGCCCUGGAAGUGGUCAACAAGUUUGCUUUUCUUACCUCUCAGUAUCCUCUACUGCUCUAUCUGUGCCAGCGUUGCUCAACUUCCCAGCAGCGUACUCUUGCACAACACCUCAAGAAGGUAUUUGGACAAAAGCUCUAUACCCCUGAUGCUCUGUCAGUAAGUCUUGGAGGUCGAUCAACCACUCUGCCCUCUCCAGAGCAACUGAAGUGUAGGGUGCUUCUUGUUGGAAAGAAGCUGCCUCCUGAAGAGGAAGGCUCUGAAGGAGAGGUAUCCGAAGAAGAUGAGGAGAUAGGUGGUGGUGGUCCUCUGGCUGGCCGAAGGAUGACCAUCCCUGGGGAAGCAGAUCUGGGAGUUGUCCUCGUUGUCCCCCCACCCCCACAACCAAGGCGCCUCUGCUUGCGCCGUGAAUUGUCUGAUCUGGUCGCAGUCGCUCGAACUGGAAGUCGCAGAUUUUAUGCUCACCGGGUGAAUACUCAGCCAUCCCAGCAGCAUUCUCCCCCCUCCACUCCCUCUACACCAAUCAUGCCUAUGCCUCUUGACACCCCCUACUGGACCCUGUGCUCUUUUGGGGAAGGGGAGGCUGGCCGUCUGGCUAGUGAAAGCCCCGAAGAACUGGUGAGCUUUACCAAGCGCAAUCUUACCCGUGUGCGCCCCAGUUCGGUAAGGCUUGACUCUAGCAACCCAAACCCACAGGGAUACUGGAAAGGAGGUGUGCAACUGGUGGCGCUCAACCAGCAGACACCAGGUGCUAUGCUAGAUUUGACCCGUGGUCGGUUUAUGCAGAAUGGAGGAUGUGGGUAUGUACUGCGUCCAGCUGUAAUGCGAGAGGAGGUUUCCUACUUCAGUGCCCAGUCGCAAGGCUGUGUGCCUGGCGUACCACCGCAAACACUCAGAGUGAAGGUCAUCAGUGCCCAUAGCCUACCCAAACCACAGGGCUCUGGUGCCAAAGGUGAGGUCAUUGACCCUUAUGUGGUGCUGGAGCUGCAUGGUGUGCCUGCAGACUGUGCUGAGCAGAGAACUCGCACUGCAGCCCAGAACCAAGAUGACCCGAUGUUUGAUGAGACCUUUGAGUUCCUGGUUAACAUGCCUGAGCUUGCCCUGCUACGUUUCGUAGUUCUGGAUGAUGAUUAUAUUGGUGAUGACUUCAUUGGCCAGUACACUAUUGCCUUUGAGUGUCUUCAGCCUGGCUAUCGCAACGUGCCCCUGUUGGGCCUCACUGGAGACCCUUUGCCACAUGCCAGCCUGUUUGUACACGUGGCCAUCACGAACCGCAGAGGUGGGGGUAAGGCCCAGAGACGGGGUCUGUCCGUCAGGAGAGGAGUGCGCCGUGGACGAGAGUAUGUCACCCUCCGAAACACGGGCAUCAAAGUGCUGGACGACUCUUUCCGCUCCUCCAGCACACCUCUGCGAGAGGCUACAGAUCUACGAGAGGAUGCACUGAGCACAACAAUGGCUUUCAAAGAGCAGUGUGGGCUCCCCCCAGUGGCCACAUUGAAGCAGUGCAUCCAGAGUUUGGCCACGAGGUUGCAGAGUCCAGAUGGGCCCCCAGGGGCCACGCUCACUCUGAAGGAUGGUUACCCAUGUCUGGAACUUGUGGGCAACUUGACUGACGCCACUCGUAAACUGCUAAAUGUUUAUGACACUAUGAUCUCGGCCAACAAGCAGCUGAUUGAGAAUGCAGAUGGAGUGCAGGAGCGAAUCGCACAAGUGCAAAAGACAGGAAUGAUGUUUCAUGAAGACCUAGCCAGGUUAGGGGAGAAGGAAAAUUUGAAAGGCCGUAAACAGAGUAAAGCUGUGGAAAGUUUCACUUGGAACAUCACUGUGCUGAAGGGUCAGUGUGAUCUCCUGCGCAGUGCUAAGGUAGAUGCUUUGGAUACUUUGAGGCAGCUGGCAUUGGCUGGGGAGGCGUGUGGCCUGACUUUGACCUCUGAUGGUCAGUACAUCUCCCACAGCCUGUCCUCCAGACGUGGCAGUAGUCAUGGCAACGGUCGCAUCUGAGCCCCAGAGACUCGCAGAGGGAUUCCGAGAGAAUUUAGUAAUAUAUGGAUGGAUGAAGGAAUAUAUGGAUGUUUUGAUCACCAGAUGAAUUGUUGGACAUACAGAUUGAUGGCUGUAUAGGUCUAUCAGAUGAAAAGAAAUAUAGGGACAUUUGUCAUUUGAAGAUGUGCUCGUUUUGUAGCACAGCAUUGACCAGUAGAUUUGAUGUUAGGACAAAAUAUGGAAUGUUCUUAUCAAGACGUACUGAAUAAAGGAUUUAAGAGGAAAUACUUCAGCGAUAUAAAAUGACUGUCAAAUCAAAACAAAGAUUUUUACUGGAAUGAAUUCCUGAAAUAUUUAAGAGGUCCAGACUUUAGUGGUGAACUCCUUGUAGUGCACAGGCUAAACAGAGAAACAUUCUUUUAUGUUGACAAUUUUUCAGGUGCUCCCAACAUUUCUGAUACAUUUAUCAAUUGAAACUUAAACCAAUGCAGACUAGACAAUAUGUCUCCCCAAAUGUUCAGUGUGAGGUUUUUGUUUUUACUCAGGUUUAUACAAACACAUGUCAGAAACACCCCUUUUAAGGGUUCCACUGAUGGAAUGCAUCGGUGAUGCACACCAGCAGGACAACAAUGCUUCUUCCCCCAAUCCAGUACAGUCCAGCAUGAAUGGGAUAUCUCUAGUGCCUCUCCAUUGAGGGAAAAUGUCCACAUUUUCUACUUUCACGUACCUACAGGGAAGUGACACAUGUUGACUUCAGCUUAUAAUGAACAUAAGAAGGCUUUGUUUGAACUCUGCUCAACACUCGCUCACAGUGUUAACUGAUCCUGUUGCUCACAUGGUCAAUGAUGGGAUGACCAGUACAGAUUACAACAUAUAUUCCUGUAAUCCAUGUAGAAGGCGUUCGUGUUUUAAUGUAAUCUGCACACAGACCUUGGAUUGUUCGAGGAACAAUUGUUAAACACACAAUUUGAAUUACAUUUUGGAUCAAGAGAGACUUUGUUUCCAUCAUGGGUUCCUUGACUUCUGAAUCCAGUGGCCUUGUCUUUGCCACAUUUUUUGUCUGGAAGGAGACUUGAAGUAACAUGGCAAGAAUUACUGAAAAAAAAUCGAAAGUAGAAACUUGCGUCUUAGAACUUUCAUUAUGUAACACUCGACAGUGUUGUGAUAGACAAGGUAUAAAUACUAUACUAUACUGCUGUUAAAGACACUUACAACAGACUAGAUUUUCCCCCUCAUGUUGGAGUUUGCACCUUUUCUUUCCACGUGGUAACACAGUAACAGAAAUUAGAUAACUGACUUUUGAAAUACUAUAUAUAUAUAUAUAUAUAUAUAUAU